CGCCGCGGAACAACAGCUGAGUUUGUUAUUUUACGUAAAAAUAAUAGUAAACGAUAUUAAACGUUCUAUUAAUAAUUUAGUAAAGAAUUACAUUAAUAAUUAAUUAAUUAAGACUUUAAUUAUUGGCUGGUGUUAAAAAAAAUUAAAAACAGUGUUUAGUUUUAGUUAAAAAAAAAUUAAUUUAUUUUUAUUUGUGACAAAGUAUAAAUAUAUUUAUUCAAAAUUGAUACCCAGGUUGGAAAAACGAUGGCGGGGAAGGAGGAGGAGGAGCUGGUGCCCAAAAAGAAAAGUCGCGAGGACUGGAGAAAAGCCAAGGAGUUAGAAGAAGCGCGAAAAGCUGGUACAGCUCCAGCUGCUGUUGAUGAAGAAGGUAAAGAUAUUAAUCCACACAUUCCUCAGUACAUCAGCGCAACACCCUGGUAUUUUGGGUCAACUGGUCCCACUUUGAAGCAUCAGCGUCCUCAGCCAGAGAAGCAAAAGACUCUGAGCGGCAUCGACGAUUGGUAUCGCCGAGGUGUUGACACUACAAAAGUUGCUAAGAAAUGGAAACCUGGUUCCUGUGAAAACUGCGGGGCCGAGGAUCACAAGAAGAAGGACUGUUUCGACAGACCUAGAAAAGUCGGCGCGCGUUGGACUAACAAAGACAUCGCGCCCAACAGUUUCGCGCAGCCGACCUUGUCCACAGACUACGACGGGAAACGCGAUCGCUGGGCAGGUUAUGAUCCAGCAGAGCAUCGCGCCAUCGUCGAGGAGUACCAGAAAAUCGAGGAUGCCAAGAGACAAAUCCGCGCGGAGAAAUUAAACACCGGGGAAGACGACGGCGGCCAGGAUUCCGACAAAGACGAGGACAAGUAUGUCGAUGAAGUUGACAUGCCUGGUACUAAAGUUGAUUCCAAGCAGCGGAUCACUGUGCGUAAUCUGCGUAUCCGUGAGGACACUGCCAAGUAUUUGAGGAACUUGGAUCCAAACUCCGCUUACUAUGACCCUAAGACCCGAUCUAUGAGAGAUGAUCCCUAUGCUGGAAAGAAUGUCGAGGUGGAUUACCAGGGAGAGAACUUUGUGAGGUUCACUGGUGACACGACCAUGCACGCGAACGCUCAAUUGUUUGCCUGGGAUGCCUACGAGAAGGGAGUUGACGUUCACUUGCUCGCUGAGCCGACGAAACUGGAACUCCUGAAGCAGGAGUACGAUAAGAAACGUGACGAGUUGAAGGACAAGGUCAGGACUAGUAUCAUUGACCGGUACGGAGGUGACGAGCAUCUGAAACAGCCGGACUGCGACCUGGUGUCAGCCCAAUCUGAGCACUACGUCGAGUACUCGCGCAGUGGGAAGGUCAUCAAAGGACAGGAGAAGCAGGUGAUCCGUUCAAAGUACGAAGAAGACGUUUUCAUAAAUAAUCAUACGUCUGUCUGGGGCUCCUGGUGGUUCAAGGGACAGUGGGGUUUCAAAUGCUGUCAUUCUUACGUUAAAAAUUCUUAUUGCACUGGAGAAGCUGGAAUAGCUGCUGCUGAUGCGGCUCAGAAUAUGGUAAUCCCUUCGAGAUCUGGAGCGGAUGAGACGAAAGACGUUGAAGAGAAAAGUAAAUCCAAGAAACGGAGAGACGAAUCCAGUUCGAGUGAUUCAUCUUCGGAGGAUGAGGAGGAGGAGGACAAGGAAAAGGAUGAAGAGAAAGAGGAUAAAAGAUCAAAGAGUGAGCGUAAGAGUUCGGCUAAAAGAGAAAAACGUAAACGGCACAAGGAGAAGCUUAAGCAUAAAAAGAAACUGAGACGCGCGUUGGAGAAAGAAGAAGAGCACCAGAGAGAAGUUGAUAGACUGUUGAAAAUGGAUGAGCGGAAACGACCGUAUAAUUCGAUGUAUGAAGUAAAAGAGCCAACUGCUGAAGAGCUCGAAGCUUUCCAGAUGAAGCGCAAACAUGAUGAAGAUCCUAUGGCACAAUUUAAUCUGUAAAUUUUUUAAUGGACUGUGUAAUCAUCUAUUAUCAUGUUAAUAAAAUAUAUUUAAUUUAAAA